UUGGCGGUGGCGCGAGGGCCAAAAUUAUUGCACCCAUUUUACACUUUCUCUCGUUCAGUUGUUUUCCACGACACCCACCGUUUUUUUCUAGAAAAUUCAAAAUGCUUCGUCCCUUUCUCAAAAGCAUAGUAUAGUUUGGGUUUGUUAGAAUCAAUUAAGCAGGAACGCACUUGAAGGAACCACACAUUACAGCAUUCUAUUUUCUUCUUCACAUCAUUCAUUAUUCAAAGUGCAACACGUAUCAGAAUUUGGGUUUCAUCAGAAAUGGAAAGAUGAGGAUCUGCAAUAAGGUGAAAAUUCAGUUAUGGAUACAUAUGGUGCCUGCAUCCCUUUUUCACGCAACACCCUGCAAGUGACCGCCAGCUGCAAAACUCAUAUGCCAAGACAUUUGGACUUUGACCACACUCCUACAACUGGUGCCAUCAGGAGCGAUUUGUAAAAAGAAGACAGCAUCUUGUGGGCCCCAAUUCUUCCACCUUAAAGUUUUGCUAUUUGUGAUGACUAAUUUAAAUUCAAUAAUAAAGGUAGUGCAUUGAUGAAGAAUAAUUAAGGUAUGAGUAAGCACAAUAUGGCUUUAUGUCAAAUUUAUCCCCUCUUCAAUAUUGUUUGUUAGAGAUCUAUAUGCAUACGACUUUUGAAAUACAACUACAACUUACCAAAAACACAACAUAAGGUAAAUACGAGAUCACAAACCGCCUUGCCUAGCCUUCGUGUUUAUGAAAUCAAUAGUAAUAAUAAUAAUUGACAAACAGCUACUAUCAUGUUUUUAUAACUCUAGAGUUGAUGACACUAGACAUUUCCUUUCGGAUAUUGGACCACACCCUGAUAAAGACACAGAAAUAGCUACUAUCUUAAAGCUAAUUAAUUAUAUAAUUGGGCUGUCCUUACUUUCUUUGAUCUUUGCAAGCCACUUCAUUGGCUUGUUAUGCAGAACACACCUUUUCUCAUUCAAUUUGAUUCUCAGAUUUCUCUCCUCCUUACCAUGUUUCGCAACACCCAUUUUCAUGCAAUUUGAUUUGAAUUGGAUUUUGUUGUAAUUUGAUUUGAAUUGGAUUUGUGGCUGUUUGAAUUGAAUCAAUUCAUUGGUUGUUUGUGAUACUUUGUUCAAUGAUGGAAUCAAUUCUCUUGAAGGCUAUUUGUUCUUUCUGAUGUCAAUAAACUUUCAAGCUCUGUAUUUUUUGGGGGGAUUGACUGGUGUGACUGAAUGGGGGAUGAGGAUAAGACAAGGAGAGUCGUUUUCGUGACUGUAGGGACUACUUGUUUCGAUGCUCUUGUGAGAGCGGUGGGUUCCCAGAAUGUUAAACAAGAGUUGGUUGCGAAAGGGUAUACACACCUUCUCAUCCAAAUGGGUCGUGGAUCCUAUGUUCCUACAAAGUCUGAAGGAGACAGUUCAUUGGCCGUAGACUACUUCACUUUUUCAUCCAGUAUUGCAGACCAUCUCAGAUCAGCUUCUCUUGUUAUUAGCCAUGCUGGGUCAGGUAGCAUAUUUGAGACAUUGCGGCUGGGAAAACCUUUAAUUGUGGUUGUAAAUGAAGAUUUGAUGGAUAAUCAUCAAAGUGAGCUUGCCGAAGAACUUGCCGACAGAAAGCAUCUGUAUUGUGCCAGUCCUCAAACACUCCAUCAGACUAUAGCAGAUAUGGAUUUAAAUUCUCUCCUUCCUUACUCUCCAGGUGAUGCUACACCAGUGGCCAAGCACAUAAACAGAUUUCUUGGUUUUUCUGAUGAUUGAUCUGAAGGCUUUUUUUGUUUAUUAUUAUUUACGUUAAAUCUCUGAGGGACGAUAAUCGAUUCUGGUAAUAUUUGGAUGCCCCAUAUAUUUUAAUUUUGAAGUGUUAAUGCUGUAUUGGAGAUCAUAUUCUAA